UUCGGCUGAGCCUCAGAGAUGGAGCAGCGCACAGAGAGGUAGCGCUGAAUAUCCCUUCAACAUAGGAGCCGGGGUAGAGGCAGGAAAGGAAGGAGCAGUCAGGGAUAGAGCAUUGCAUACCCGGGGAACAAAGACACAUAGUAAGGGCGAUAAGUGCCAGCUACAUUGCACGCUGUCAUCGAGCUCUGAGACUUUUAAAUCUAUUUUUUUUUAAUGAGGUCGUGAUAUAUAUUUCACUUGUAAAUAAUUAUCGAAAGGAAUACAACGAUGAAGAGCGAGAAAAAGCCAACGCGGAAAUGGCAGAAGCUGCCUGGGAGAAACACGUUCUGUUGCGAUGGCAGGAUCAUGAUGGCUCGACAGAAAGGAGUUUUUUACCUCACCGUCUUCCUCAUCGUGGGAACCAGCGCGUUGUUCUUCGGCUUUGAGUGUCCGUAUUUGGCUAUUCAUCUUUCCCCUAUAAUUCCAGUGUUCGCAAUAGUCCUCUUCAUCUUUGUGAUGGCAAUGCUACUGCGCACCAGUUUCAGCGACCCUGGUGUUCUCCCACGUGCUGAACCAGAUGAGGCUGCAUUUGUGGAGAUGGAAAUAGAGGCAGCGAAUGGCAAUGUCCCAGCAGGCCAGCGACCGCCACCAAGAAUCAAAGAUAUUCAGAUCAACAACCAGAUUAUCAAAUUGAAAUAUUGCUACACAUGCAAGAUAUUCCGUCCACCUCGAGCAUCCCACUGUAGUGUUUGCGAUAACUGUGUUGAACGUUUUGAUCACCACUGUCCGUGGGUUGGAAACUGUGUUGGAAAGCGGAAUUACCGUUUCUUUUACCUCUUCACCAUAUCAUUGUCAUUCCUCACUGUCUACAUCUUUGCUUUUGAUAUUGUACAUGUGGCACUGAGAUCCGUGGACAAUGGUUUUUUAAACACACUGAAGGACACACCGGGGACGGUACUAGAAGUGGUGAUCUGCUUCUUCACAUUAUGGUCUGUGAUUGGUCUGUCUGGAUUUCACACCUAUCUGAUUGCACUUAAUCAGACCACCAAUGAAGAUAUUAAAGGCUCUUGGUCAGGAAAGAAUGGAAUUCAUAACCCUUACAGCCAUGAUGGUGUACUAAAAAAUUGUUGUGAGAUUCUAUGUGGGCCAGUGCCACCAAGUGUUCUUGACAGGAGGGGGCUUAUACAGGAUGAGGCUGGUGUUUCAGCCAAUGGUAACCAAAUUGCAAGCACAGUGCCACAAAUUACGGCAAGUAGAGCUCCAUUGAUAGCCAAUGAGCAGGCACCAGUAAAAGAAACUCCUGCGGUACCUGGGCAAACUGAACCAGAACCAAAAGAGACAAUACCAUCACCUGGCACAAAAAAGCGACUUCCAUCUCCUCCGCCAGUGGACUUAAGUAUGCAGUGUGGCACUACAGUUCUGCAAAGGGCUGCAGUUACAAAAGAAACUUCAUACCAGGGCCAUGCCUUCUAGUAAAUUUGCUCCUGGACUAAGUGCAAAAAAAAGACUUGGCGCACAAAAGGAAGUUGGAAGACAGUUCCUGUAGCUAAAUUAAGGUGCAAAUUGGUUUGACACUGCAAUUUUCAUCUGAUCAGUAUUGUAGAUUU